CGUGGCCACAUGUCAUGUGACCCAACACGGAAGACCACUCUGCAACUGUACGAAGUAAAGGAUAUUGAAGGUCUCGACAAACAACUUUAUUAAUUCGUUUAACUCAAAUAAUACACUUAUCAUCUGCAACAUUAGCUUUGCAUAUCUGUAAUUUGGGCGUUUUGAAUGUUCUUGAAAACCUGCCAUCUCAUAUUUGUCAACAACGUUUUUACAAGCGUGUUCGGUGCUGCUCUGAUUUGAGCAGAGAUUCGGAGGCACAAACUAGAAAAGCUCGUUUCAGUCCUAUUGAUUCGUCGUUGGUUUGAGUUGGCGAAGGACAUCGUAGCAGUCCCUUGUCGCUGUCCCGGUUGGAUGCCACAGGGCUGUGCCCUCAUAGAGAGACGGCAGUUUGCAAUGCCAGUUCCGGUUAUGGCAGAGUCGGUGGACCACCAGAAACGCUUCCAGGCCGCUGUCGACGUCAUUCAAAACCUUCCCAAAAGUGGUGCCUACCGGCCCCCCUAUGAAGUGAUGCUGCGGUUCUACUGCCUGUACAAGCAGGCGGUGUGUGGACCCUGCACAGUGUCUCGGCCAGGCUUCUGGGACCCAGUAGGUCGCUAUAAAUGGGAUGCCUGGAGCCGAUUAGGGGAGAUGAGCAGUGAGAGUGCCAUGGCGGCGUACGUGGAUGAGAUGAAGAAAGUGGCACAAGAGGUGAUUGACACAAUGCCCAUCAAUGAGAAGACUGCAUCACUGUUCCACCACUUUGAGCCCCUUUACGUGGUCAUCCACGACAUGCCCCGGCCACCAGACAAGCUGCUGCAUCUGAGAGAAGACUUUAAGGACAUUGACAAGGCAGCCAGUCCAAAGGAGGUUGAACAAGAGAGGGAGAUCCAAGACGAACGUGUCCCAGAUAAGGACCCUGCACUAGAUGAAGAGCCUGCCCUGGAGCAGGUGCCUGUCCCAGGAGAAGAACCCGUCAAAGAGGAGGUACCUACUCUGGGAGAGGUGGCCCUCGCAGAGAAGGUGCCCGUCCCAGAAGAGGUGCCCAGUCAGACACAACAACAACCAGUCACCUUCACCAGUGAACCUCAGGGGCCAAAUGUACAAGGCUUCCUCUUUCCAGAGCCUGUUCCUGAGCUUGGUCUGUCUGAGGCCAUGGGGUCGUCUGAGGUGUUGUUGUUGACCAGCGACUCAGAGAGUGAGAUCUUCGUUGACUCUGUGGAUUCUGUGGAAAAGCUGGACAAUAUCAAGGUUGUCCCCAAGUCAAACGGCCUCCAUAACGGCCAUGCUUACUCAGAGCCCUCCUCAGUCCAAGCCAAUCACACAGAGACGGUCUGCCAGGCAACGCAGGUGGGGGCAGGGCAAGGUGGAGAGGGGGCGGGGGAUGGAGGGGGACCGCCCAUGAGGAGGAGUCGGGAUGCAGGAAGAGACGGGAUGAGGGACCACGGAUGGAGAGAACGUGGUGUUCCCCAGGGCAGCCCCAGGCGGGCGGGGAGAGAGGCCCUGGGGGCAGGGGGAGGGGCUGGCCGAGGGGGAGGAGACGGCUCAGAGGGAGGGGCUGAGAGGCUGCAGGACAUCCAGGUGCAGCAGCAGAUCCUGCUGGCCCUACGGAGGCUCAGGGAGGACAUGCAGAGCGUCAUGGAGAGACUGGAGGCAGUGGAGAGACUAGCCGCAGCACAGGCCCAGAAUUCAGACUGGAGACCAUGUCUUCAGUGUGCUGCCUCAGCUGCCCAAUCAGAGCUGGACAAGGUGGAAACGGACACAGUGACAGUGCGCAACGGGGAAGAAAACAGAGCUGAAACUGGUUGAGAAUUAAAAGAAUGAACAACGAAACAGCACAGCAAGUAAGUGAAAGAAAUAGGUUUGGGGACAUAUGUAAAUGGCAACAAAAUAACGUGUUGGUCUGUGUGGUGUGUGUAACCUUAAUUUAACUAAGCAAGUCCGUUAAGAACAAAUUCUUAUUUACAAUGACGGCCAAACCCGGAUGAGCGCACUAUUUAACUGUAUCAGAAUGCUUAAAAGGUUAACCGAAAGUUAUCGGUAUCGUUUUUUUGGCAACGAAAAUAUUGGAUAUUGGUAUCGGCUAAAAAUGUCAUAUCGGUGCAUCCCUAGUACACACCCCAACCAGAAGCCAUGGAUUACAGGCAACAUCCACACUGAGCUAAAGGGUAGGGCUACCACUUUCAAGGAGCGGGACUCUAACCCGGAAGCUUGUAAGAAAUCUCUCUAUGCCCUCCAACGAACCAUCAACCGCGUCAAUACAGGACUAUGAUCGAAUUAUACUACACCAGCUCUGAAGCUCGUCGGAUGUGGCAGGGCUUGCAAACUAUUGCAGACUACAAAGUGACACGAGCCUACCAGACGAGCUAAAUUACUUCUAUGCUCGCUUUGAGACUAGUGACACUGAACAUGCAUAUGAGAGCAUCAGCUGUUCCGGACGACUGUGUGAUCACGCUCUCCGCAGCCGAUGUAUCUUAACUGCAUUGUUGGUUUAGGGCUUGUACGUAAAUAUUUCAUUCUAUCUAUACCUGUUGUAUUCGGGCGCAUGUGACAAAUACAAUUUGAACACACUUGGUUCAACUAACCAAGACAGAUUGGGCAUGUUAAUACUUGGUUGGAACAAAAGCCGACACAUCCUCUACAUCAGUUAUGAAUUCAUUCCUUAUUAGAAUAUUGUACGUUUUAAGGUUUGUCACCCUAAAUGUCCCAUAUGUUCU